CCGAACGGAAGGUAUGGAAGAUGGAACGAUGAAAGAGGAAGAGCAGUAUGGAGCGGACGUGACGAAAACAAAAAGGUUAUAGUAAAGAUGUGUAGUAAUGCGACGUUUAUUGUGUUUGCGUUGUUUCUAACAUUAUUUUGUGACACUACGUCGUCAGAAUGCACGCAAAUGGCUCCCUGUAUCUGUACGCUACCGGACGGCCACUAUUACAAUUUGACCGGCCUCGCUAAUGAAUUAUUAUUGAAUGAUACUCAAGGUGAUUAUACAGUAUAUUUUCAUCCAUGCACAAAUGUUCAAAUAAUGACAGAAAGCGGUGAAAAAUGUGACAAUGGAAAUAAUGUAUCGAUAUGCAUGUUUAAUAAGUAUACAAACUUGACAUCUAAUCUUGGAACAAUAAAGGAAACAAAAAUGAAAAUGUCGAGUGGAAAUAAAUUUCCGAUUUUUGAAAUACAUCAUGAUAAGUUUAUAUCAGUGAUAAAUAUUGUAUGCUUUACCGAUAGCAAAACAAAUUUCAAGAUAGAUUCUGGGAUUCCUCCCUCUGGCUCUUAUGAAUACCAUUUUUUGCUAGUAUCACCGUAUGGAUGUAAAAUAGAACCGCUCAAAGGAUUAUCUGUUGGUUCCAUAUUAGUUAUCCUCUUCUUUACCGUUGUUGGAACAUAUUUUAUUGGCGGUAUUAUAACAUUGAGAAUAUUGAGAGGAGCGACAGGCUGGGAAAUGUUGCCAAAUCAUGACUUUUGGUCUAAGCUUCCUCUACUAGUCAGAGAUGGCAUUGUCUUCACCUUUAAUUGUUGUCGAGCGGAUAGUUACGAAAGAAUAUAAUUAUUUACUUAUUUUUAUGAAAUAAUCUCUGUUUAAUAUUUAUGAAUUGUGCGACUUUGCAAUUCAGUAUAUUAUAAGUAGCGCAUUUGUAUUCGGAAUAUUUUUAGUCAUAUUUGGUAUUAUGUUUUUGUUAUUUAACAUUUGUUAUUUGACUGUUCAUGUAUAACAGUUAAGCGCAUAGUUGUAUUAAUUUGAAGAAUUGCCUGCAUUCAAUUAUUAUUAAUUUUGUUUUACAUAUGCUUUUGUUAGCACCAAAAUAUGUUGAAACACAAAGUGUAUAUACACCCAAAAAUGUGAUAUUAUAAGCUAUUGCUAUAUCACAUGCCAAUGUUAUUUUUUUAAAUCCUUAGAUAUUUUUAUUUAAUUUGAUGCAAAAACAAUUUAUAUAUAAUUAUUAUUGCAAGCUGCACAAUGAACUAAAAAUCUGAUUGCAAGAAAAUACGAUUACACGUCAAAGAAUAUUUCCAUCUUUUUGAAUCAGAUGUGUUUCUUUCGAAGCAUAUCUAUAUUGAUGAAUGAGAAACAGUGGCAAAAGGGAUCGUAUACUAUGUAAACUAAUAUAAACGAUUAGCGUAUUAGUUUAUAAUAUUAUAUAUUUAGACAUUGGAAGGGUUCUGACACUACAAUCAGCCAUUUACACAUAUACUCGUUUUUGAAAGGCUCUUUCUCUCUCUUUUUUAAUCUACAAAUAUAUUUUUUAUAAACUUUGAAUUAAAUAGUAGUGAAUACAAACCAAGAUUACCUCUUUCUACAAUUAGAAAAUAAAUUAUUAUCUCUUUUAUACCAUAGACUAUUCAUUUAUACAUAUUGCAGACCCUUCUAGUGCUAAUAAUACAUAUAACGGAAGUGGUUAAAGAUUUAAUACAAUGUGAUGUUUUAUUAAUAAAAAUUCCCUAUUAAAAAA